ACCAAUCAGGAUAAAGAAAUCUUGGUUCUUUUGUCCUGAUUGGUGAAUUAAAUGUUAUUUUAUUCCACGGAUAAAAUUUUCACAUCUAAAGAAUACACACAACACACACACACACAUCUGAAGAAAGAAAAAAUCUAAAGAAUUUCAUUCUGUUUCAUUUGGCGCUUUCAUUUCUAUUUUCUUAUUUCUCGUUAUUUACCGAAAGUUAGAGCCGUGGAAGAUAGAAAAAUUUUAAAAUUGACUGCAUUUCAAUAUUCACUGCUAAUAUGAAAAUAUAUAUAUAUAUAUCUCUCUCUUUUAAGGAUGUUUGAUUAUACAAUAGUAGUAUUAAACUAUCAAAAUUUAAAAAAAAACCUAUCUUACAUCUAUAUUGUUUGGGAAAUCAAAUAAAUAAAUCUGGAAUAAAAAAGUAUUAAAGUAUCACAAAAUAAUAUGAAUUUUAAUGUCGCAACCAAGUCCGUUUAAUACAACAUUGAAUUAUAAUAGUUGAAUGUUGAACGAGCUCGGAUUUAUAAGGAGGAAGAAUUAAAAAUGUGCUGACCCAUGUAAUGUAAUAUUGUAUAUCUCAUAUGCGAAGUGAAAAAUUCGACAGGCUUUUAAAAAUCUGAUAGAUUAGCUAACACUUUGUGAGUUAUCGUUUGCAAAUAUGUCAGGAACACUAAAACCUUAUUUGACAGCAGUUAGACGUACGCUUACUGCUGCCAUGUGUUUGGAAAAUUUUUCCUCUCAAAUUGUGGAAAAGCACAAUAAACCUGAAGUGGAAGUAAGGGCAAGCAAAGAACUGCUUUUGACGCCUAUCUUGAUAAGUAGAAAUGAUAAGGAGAAGGUCUUGAUUGAAUCUAGUAUAAACAGUAUGAGAAUAAGUAUUGCUGUGAAACAAGCAGAUGAUCUAGAAAAGAUUCUCUGUCAUAAUUUUACAAGAUUCAUGACAAUGAGAGCCGAACAUUUUAUAAUACUCAGAAGAAAACCAGUAGAGGGCUAUGACAUUAGCUUCUUAAUCACUAAUAUUCAUGUUGAGCAAAUGUACAAACAUAAGAUAGUAGAUUUUGUUAUUAAUUUUAUGGAAGAAAUAGAUAGAGAAAUCAGCGAAAUGAAAUUAUCGAUUAAUGCUAGAGCACGUAUAUGUGCGGAGGAAUUCUUAAAAAGAUUUUAAUCUAUUUUAUGUCGACUAUUAGCGAUGUAUGAAUAAUUCCAAGAAUGGAAACACACAAUGAAUGCAUUGUGUAUUGAUUUUGUAAUAUUAAACCAUUGUAAUAUUAAACAAUAAUUUUGAUAAAAUUAAGAAAGACAUUUUUAUAAAACAAUAAUUUGAAGAAGAAUGUAUUUAUAUAAUAUAAAUUUUUUAAUUUUA